GGGAGACUGGGGGCCGGGAGCCGCGCCGCCCGCCGCCAUGCGGUUCCGGUUCGGGGUGGUGGUGUCGCCCGCAGUGGCCGGGGCCGGGCCAGAGCUGCUGGUCGUGGGGUCUCGGCCGGAGCUGGGGCGCUGGGAGCCGCGUGGAGCCGUGCGCCUGAGGCCGGCGGGCACGGCGGCGGGCCCGGGGGCGCUGGCGCUGCAGGAGCCGGGCCUGUGGCUCGGGGAGGUGGAGCUGGCGCCGGAGGCGGCGGCGCAGGACGGGGCGGAGCCGGGCCGCGUGGACACGUUCUGGUACAAGUUCCUGAAGCGCGAGCCGGGAGGAGAGCUCUCCUGGGAAGGCAAUGGACCUCACCACGAUCGUUGCUGUACUUAUAAUGAAAACAACUUGGUGGAUGGUGUUUAUUGUCUCCCCAUAGGACACUGGAUCGAGGCCACUGGGCACACCAAUGAGAUGAAGCACACAACAGAUUUCUAUUUUAAUAUUGCCGGCCACCAAGCCAUGCAUUAUUCAAGAAUUCUACCAAAUAUCUGGCUGGGGAGCUGCCCUCGUCAAGUGGAACACGUAACCAUCAAACUGAAGCAUGAACUGGGGGUUACAGCUGUCAUGAAUUUCCAGACGGAAUGGGAUAUUGUACAGAAUUCCUCAGGCUGUAACCGCUACCCAGAACCCAUGACUCCGGACACUAUGAUUAAGCUGUACAAGGAAGAAGGCUUGGUCUACAUCUGGAUGCCGACACCAGAUAUGAGCACUGAAGGCCGCGUCCAGAUGCUGCCCCAGGCGGUCUGUCUCCUCCACGCGCUGCUCGAGAACGGACACACCGUGUACGUGCACUGCAACGCCGGCGUGGGCCGCUCCACCGCCGCCGUGUGCGGCUGGCUGCAGUACGUGCUGGGCUGGAGGCCCAGGAAGGUGCAGUACUUCCUCGUGGCCAAGCGGCCGGCUGUGUACAUUGAUGAAGAAGCCUUGGUCCGGGCAGAGGAAGAUUUUUAUCAGAAAUUUGGGAAGGUUCGUCCUUCCAUACACGGUGUGUAGGUGAUGGGUCUGGCCCCCCUCCCUCCAGGUUUCCUUAGGAUGCCUGGGGUGAUGACAGUAAAUGGCCCAGAGACCGAGAUUCUUCCUCCUGACCCACCUUCUCUAGUCUGGGGCUGACUUUCUGUUACGCUUGGAUUGAGCUGUAUCUUCUCUGAAAUAUUUCACAAAGGAAGCUGUGACUGACACAGAAAAAUCCGCAAGCAGGUUGGCUGUGCAGUUUUUCUAGCAUUAGACAGAAGGGAAAGGGUGCAGUUCCACUGUAAGCAGGCGGCCGGGCCCUUGCUGCGCGGUUGCUGCUUUGCUGUAAAUUCACGGCCGCCCUUGCGUGUUGCAUUGAGACGCGGUGCGGGGAUGAGGUGUUAGGUAGAUGUCAGCCCACGCGUGGGCACACGCACGCACACACACACACACACACAGCCUUUCUGCUGUACUGAACUGAAAUCAUAAAAUAAGAAUCAGUUAGUUGGCCAAAGAAGGGAAUCAGGUGGGUAAGAGCCCAAUAAGGCCAAAGGCGAUGACUUUCAAGACUUUUUCUUUUGCAUCGUGCUUUAGCUGUUAAAGUGUGUUCCAAGUCUUCACCUUCCUUCUCUGCCCACAACCAUGUAGAUUUAUUAUCUGUUUGUUUUAGGCUCAGUGAGCAUAGAGAGCUUGCCCAAGGCCUCGGGGCUGGUCAGGGAUGAGCUGGAGUUUAUAACCGAGGUUUAUUUGACUCAGUGCGUUUUCAAUACAGCUAGUGGCUUUGCCAGCAUACUGAAGUGAGUUCAGUUUCUCUCAGAAUAAGGUCGAUUUUUCUGCAGUAGUUUCUGUGGUGAGAAAUGGAACAGUGUUCCGAUCAGUUGCCAUAGAAUUCAGGAAAGUAGUUAUCCUAAAUUAAACCAGAGUAGGCCGUCUCAAGGCCAGGGCGGCCUGAGCCAUACAUAGCUCACAAGAGGAGCUGUAUUCCCCAAAGGGCCCAAAGGGCCAAAAUCCACAGAUAAUUGUUCCAUGACUUAAGAGUUACUUUAAACAUAAGAAGGAGCAGAAAAAUAAAAUACAGUUGUUGUGCUUCCAGACUAUGUGAUUUGCUAUCCUAAGUUCUAUAGGAAACGCAAAGUUUAGUAAGACUCUGCCUCCCAAAAGCUCAGAGCCUAGAAACAGCCCUGUGUUCAGUCAGGUGCACUGCAGUACUGACCUCGUAACGAAGGGCUAGAAUGGGGAAGGGGAGUAACUUUUACUGGGUGCCUCUUACGUGCUGGGAGCUUUACAAUCUUAUUUAAUUUAAUCUUCAUGGUACCCUGUGAAGGUAGGUUUUAUUAUCUCCACUAUAUAGAAGAGGAAACGAAGGAAGUCUCAGAGAGGUUAAAUCAGCUGUCCAGUAUUACAUGGUGAGGAAAUAGAUGAAAUGAGAUACAGAGCUAGGUCUGUCUGACACGAAGCCCAUACUUUUUCUAUUAAACUACAGUGCUUGUUUAUUUUUCUGCCACUUCUUAUCUUCCAUAAAUAUUCACUGAUAGCUGUGAGAGACUCUGAUUCAGGAAUUGUGGGGGUAAGAAGGGUGCAAGGUGAGUCCAGGGGAGUUCAGAGGAGGGGGAGGCAUCGUGUAACUGUGGGACUCAGGGGAAAUGGGUGUUUAAUUUGGACUGAGAGGGUUGGACGGGGCACAUGUAUCCUACAAUUUUACAAAGCUAAGUUUAUAAGCCAGGAUUAAAUAAUGUGAAGUCCAGCUCUCUUGCUAAAAAUAACUAGAAAUAACUGUUGUAUCCAAGUAACCCAUUAACAGUCAUAAUGUGUCAUGUAAAAUUUAAUCAUAAAAAUGGAAUAUUUCUAAUUAUAUAACUCUGUGUGUGUGUGUGUGUGACAGAGAGAGAGAGAGAGAGAAAAUUUCUUUAAUGUCUAAGAAUACAUAAUUUCCAUUAUAGAAAGCCUUUUUUUGGGUGGAUUUUUUCCUUUUUUGCUUUGAUAGGCAAAAUCAGUUUAGGGCUAUUAAAGAAUGUUUUGGAACAAUCUCUUGUCCUCAGUGAAUGGGAUGUCCAAUUUAUUUCAAAAUCCCCUGGAAUUUUUGCUAAGUAAAAGUAUUAAAAAUGACCUCUGUGUACAGACUUUUUUUUUAAUGUUAUUUAUUUAGUUUGAAACCCAGAAGAACAAACCGUAUUUCCUUAUUUGUAAAAGAGGCAGUCAUCUGAGCUAAAUUGUUUUUCCUUAUCACUCUUACUUUCUCAUUAGCUGAUGGAAAUUGGCAGUUACAGGACAAAGGGAAGUCAAAACUGAGGGGACCACAAAGAAGCUCAAGGGUGUGUCAGAGAAAAUCAAAGCAAAUAUUGUGUCAUUAGCUGCUUGUCACUGGUGUUAACAAAACUUUUGUCACAGAUUUCUCAAAGAAAAUCGUAAGAUCUCACUCAUGGAAAAGAAAUGUCCAAACAAGAUUACUUUCUUUUAGACUUGAAACAUUGUUCUUCAAAAUUUUUGUGUGCCAGUGUGAGGAAAAAUCUAAAAAAAGAAAUACGCUCUUUUGACCACUAUUAAGGUUUGAGUGAAAACUGCUUGGCUUGGCCUAAGAAAUAAUGAUGAAAAAAUGUAGUUAGGACUUUGAAAACUACAAGGAAGUAAUGAAUGGAAAGAUUUGAGAACAAGCUAGCCAGGAACUGAGAACUUGCCACACAUGAAAGAAACACUGAAUAGCUAAACAUAAAGUCCGUUUGAUCAAAAGUCAAAAUUGAAAGUAUCUUUGGAGAUAAUCUAGUUUAAUUCCUUUAUUUUACAGAAGAGUAAACUAGACUCAGAGCCCUCAAAUGACUCUUCCUGCAGCAAAGAGUAUUAAUGGAGGACCAGCGGAAAGGAAUAAGCUGGGAAGACAGGUCAGGAGAUUUAUUGCGGUGUUGAGUCGUAGGAGAGUUCCUGGGAGCGAGAGCAGACAGUGUUGUUAGCGGGAAAGAAUAGGUGGGAGGAUUAAUGGAAACUGAAGUAAGUGGAAGAAAAAUGGCUGAAAUGAGAAAAAGCGAAGCCCAGCGAAAUUUCCAAAAGAAGAAAAAGCAGGUGUUUCCUUUCUACUGGGGGUACUGAUAAGGAUGGUGUGAAUGUCGAAACAGAGGAGUGGAGUCAAGGUAAUGUUCUCAGGAGAGGGUGCUGCUCUGAGUAUCCAUUUGCUUCUCUCUGGGACUAGAUUACGGUAGGAAAGGAGGACCAGCUAGAUGUAAUGUGAGGACCAAACAGGAGCGUGGGAUGCGCCGUGGCUUCUUACCUGCUGGGAAAAAGAGAAAGUCUGAUAGGAGACGGGAUUAAGAACCAAGAGGGAAGGACUGAUGAAGCUACCUCUUGUGACAACAAUAAUACCGGCGGUAGUAAUAGUGGAAGAGGAAGAACAGCAGUAACAACUCUGUUCUUUCCUUCCACAAAUCAUUAGUCCAAAAGUCUUUCCCAAUUCGGUUAAUGGAAACGUGCUUCCAGUUUCUCAGGUUCACACCUCAGAGUCAUUCUUAACGCCAUCCUUUCUUUCAGACAUCACAAUCAAUCCAUCAGGAAGACCUGUCACCUCUCCUGUCAAAAUAUCUGCAGCCUGACUGUAUUUUACCUGCUCCACUGAACAGCUCUAGGUAGAGCCACAUUCUCUCUAGACUGGACGUCAGAAACAGCCUCCUACCUAGUCUCCCUGUGUCCCGCCUUCCUUUCCCCAUCCCCUACCUCUGGCCCUACCACUAUCAAAUCCAUUCUCAAACAGUGGCCACGGUGAUCCUAUGAAUAUGUACGUCAAAUCAUGUCACUCCCAUGCUCAAAAUCUACAGUGACUCGGCAAGUCGCUCAGAAUAAAAGCCAAAGCCAUCCGGGGACCUACACAACCUGGUCCCAUUAUGUCUCUGAUCUCCCCUCCUCCUGCUGGCACCUCACUCUGCUCUAGCCACGCUGGCCUCCGUGCUCUUCGUUCCGUGCUGGCUCCGACUUCAGGGCACUUGCACUUGCUCAUCUCUCUGCCUGGAAUGGCCUUUCUCCAGGUGUGCACUGGGCUCACUCCCGUCCCUCCUCCAGUGGUGCCUCUCUGCUCCACGCUAUUAAAAUUGCCACCCCCAAUCCCAAACCUCCUCUCUCUCCUCAUUCUCUGCUUCAUUUCUCUUCAUGGAACUUACCACUAGCCAGUAUGUUGCAUAAUUUGCUUAUCUGUUUUAUUGUCUGCAUCCUCUCACUGCAAAUGUAAGCAUCAUAAAGGCCAACAUUUACAUCUGCUUUGUCUGGUCAUGUACUUACAGUGCCUGUAUGGAAUCUGGCAGGUGGUUCAACGAGGGAAUGCCAAGAAUAGCUAGUGACUUCGGAGAGCGUACAUGGUCCAUGUACUUUUCCUCUAAGCACUUCACCCGAAUCAGAGCUUUUAAUCUUCCCAGCAAAUCCUAUGAGGUAAAUAUUGUCAUUAUCCUACUCUACAGAUAAGUAAGCUAGAGGCACAGAGAGCUGUGAACUUAUUCCAAGGCAAGUAGGACAGAUUCUCUCCUGGUCUGGUGGUGAAAGUGCCCAAUGAACCACCGUGUAUGAGUUCUGGGCAUCACAUGCAUUGGUUUGUUGGGGCCUCUGAAAAAAUGCACUACAAACUAAGUAGCUUAAACGACAGAAAUCCAUUGUUUUACGGUUCCAGAGGCCAAAAGUCCAAGACAAUGUAUCUGCAGGGUUGGUUCCUUCUGAGACGCCGAGGGAGAAUCUGUUCCACACCUCCCAGCUAGUUUCUGUGACUUGCUGGCAAUCUCCGGUUUUCCUUGGUUUGCAGACGCAUCACCCCAACCCCUGCCUAUGGUUUUCUCUCUCUCUCUCUGUGUGUGUGUGUGUGUGUGUGUGUGUGUGUGUGUGUGUCCAAAGUUACCAUUUUUAUAAGGAUACCAGUCACAAUGGAUUAGUGGUCCACCCUACUCCAGCAGGACCUCAUCUUACCUAAUUACAUCUGCAAACACCUUAUCUCUGAAUAAGGUCAUAUUCUCAGGUACUGGAGGUCAGGACUUCAAUUUAUGAAUUUUUGGUGGGGAUGCAAUUCAAACCAUAACAUUACAGAAAGCAACUUCCUGAAGACAAUGGCGAAUGAAAAACAAGGCAGAUUGGAGAAGAGUGGAAGUUUAGAGGAAGGGUUCAGAAUGGACUAAGUUUCCCAUUUUUUUAGGUGUAGCCUGAUGCCAGGCCACACUCACAGCGUUGCUGAGACAGUUAAAACAUUUGACAGAAAACCCUCUCAUCUUUGGUUCAGGAACCCAGAGUUGAGUAAAAAUCAAGUAUUUCCCUGGUAAUAGAGAUUAGUUCAGGAAAAAAUAUGUGACUUAACAAGGGCCCCGGAGAUACAUGAAGAAUUCUGGGGGCUUCUGGGUAAAGUUUCCUCGCUCUUAAGAAAGAACUACAGGAAAAGAUGCUCUUUCUUCCUUUGGUGGCUGUUUUGUAUGGAUGUGUGAGUCAGGCUAGCGGAACCAUCUUCCUACCAGCCAGAGAAUAAAGCCAACACCAAAGGAAAGAGAAAAGAGAAGUGCUGAAGCUGGAACUACUAGAUAAGUUAACCCUGCCGUCUGCCCAACUUCCUGACUUCAGUUGUGUAGGAUUACAUAUUUGUUUGUGUUUAGCCUGUCAGAGUUGGGUUUCUGAUUGCUUGUAGCUGAGGGCAUUGUAUUUGGUUCAUAACCAACACAUAAAUUCUACUUUUAUGAUGGAAUUUUAAUUUUUUAUUAUAACUUGUGGCAUGAAAAUGUAUUCUGAUUUCUGAUAUCAUUUGGAUAGCUUAUAUUUUGCUUCUGCUGGGAUAUUACCCAAUAGCAUUUUUUUUUUUUACUACUGGGUUUCAGAGGAUAGUUCUUAAAAGAAAGAUGGAAGUUCUUAAAUGAUGAUCUGCAAAUGAAAAUGUUGUGACAGAGAAAAGUGUUCUGUAGUAGAUUUAUUAGAUUUAGAAUACUUUUAUAUUUGUGAUUUCCAGUUAUUGUCUUUGAGUGCUGAGUGAUUCUUACUAGCUAACUGAGAGCCAACCCAAGAUGAAAGAUAUUAAAACCUCGCCAUUUUUCUUGGCAAUAAACAAAUACACUCCACUGGUUUACACCUUCAGGUAAUCUCCAAGCCUUAUGUGAGCCAGGUAAUCUUCAUGUCUAACCAGGGAGCUGGUGAAAAUGAAGUGGACUGGGCAGAUUUGAAGUUUAUGACUUCUUUUCCCUACCUUUAGAUAGAAAUUAUACUGAGUACACAGUUGUUGUUGUUGUUGUUGUUGUUGUUGUUGUUGUUUCAAAGAAAAGAAACAAAAGGAAAAAGUAGCAUGUAAAGGAAGAGGCAGUAAAACUAAUGGACUUCCACAAAUGCAAUCUCUAGCCCCUGAAUAUAUGAGUUGGGUUUUCACAUUUUAAAAGUAGAAUUCUCAAGUAGAAAUUUAAAUGGGAGAAACUUUAAAAUUUGGUCCAUAUGACAGUGUUCAGUGUUUCUAGUUGUAUGCCUAUACUAUAAACUUGGGCUAAGUUUUUAUCUAAUAAAACUUAUAUUUAAAGCUCCAACACAAAGCACAUUAAAAACUUCCUUUGGUUGAAUAGCUGUUUUUUUCUCAUGUAAGAUCAUUCAGAACUUGGUAAAAAUGUAUUUGUGUAUCUCAUAUCCGUAAUCUUCUACUGAGCAGCUCUUUUAUCAUCUUCUAAAGAUAUCCCUUUAGUCUUUCUUGUUUGUGUAUCUUUGAUUUCUUAGCAUUAGCUUAGUGUCAACAUAAAAUACGGGAUUAGGAUAGAUUGUAGUAGACAUGGAAUAAACAGUUAAGCUCAGGACUCCUGCAGCGAGAGGAUAUUAUAGAAUAUCUAAGAAUCUGUCUGAUGGGGGAAAGCUUCAGCCUCACAUACAAUUUGGUCUAAAGGACAGAAACCCAAGAACAUAGUCCAGAGACAGCUGAAAGAGUAGUCGGACGCAGACAGAAAAUGUGGGGCCAUUGAAAUAACAGACAGGAUGAAGUCCUGAAUUAUAAUUGUAUCAGGAAUUGUAGCAGUAUUGCUAAAGGAAAUACUACUUAGCAUUCAGUGAACAAGAUUGUUGUCAUUUAAAACCUGAACUAUAAGCAGUUAGUAUUAAAUGAUCUGGCAUAGCAUCAGAGUGGUGUGGAUUGCAAAAAAGAAAUUCAGAAGGAAUUGGACAGUGAAAGAAUAAAGAGCUGGACCUACCACAGAACAACAGAUAAUUGUCAUUGUCACCCAUAUCAAGGCUCUCAUCAGUUCCUGGUGAGAGAAAAUUCAGAACUCACUGAAUGAAAUUUAGUUUGCUGUGUAUCAUUGUUUAAGAAAAUGGAAUGUAUUUUUCAUUCAGUAGAGAUCCUUAUUGUUGCUUUCUUAACGUUAAAUGAGAAAUCCAAAGAUAGAUUCAUGGUCCAGACAAUUCCAGCGAAGAUUCUGUACCCAUUGUGAACAAACAAGAUAAGCAUCCUGCAUUUCUUACAGGCUGGUGUUCAGACAAAGCUGCUGUCGGCCCCACACCUCACAUGUCUCAGGGACUUACGCCAUUUCUGUUUAUUGUGAUUACUGAUAUAUUUGGACUUGUUUCUCUUGUUUAGUUUUUAGAUGAAAAAAUUUUCUUCUUUUUCUGUCUUAUUUUCUCCCUUCUUGCUUUGACUUUUGACUUAUUUCCUUCCCCUUAAGGGAAAGAACAUUAACAUUGACCUAUAGUCACCGGUCUUUAUCCCUCUUCCUGAUGACAUUACUACAGUUAUAAUUAUGAAUUGUUUUAGAUAUACUUUCUUUUUUUCCUUUUUGUAUUUCUAACUUUUUUUAAUUGUUAGGGAGGGCAAAGAAAACGUUGGUGAGGACAUACUCUUCCUUGCCAGACUGACAAUUACUACCCCAUCUCAUUUUUGCUUUCUCAUCUCUCCCAACUUCUAUUAUAAUUGAGAACUUUAAGCCCAGUGGCUCUCAAGUUUCCAGUGAGCACAUUGUUCAUUGUCCAUCUCCCUGAAGUACUCCAUCUCCUCAUUAGACCUUCUAAGCCACAGUCUCUUUCCUCUGGUUCAUCCAUCAACCCACUUCCAGAAACAUUCUUUCAUGCUGAAAUACCUUAUCUGCUGGUAAUCCUUCUUACUUUUCUAUUCAUUGUUGCAGGUGGAUUUCUAGCGUAAAUUUUUAUGUUGUAAAUUCCGUUCAGAUGUCAGGAGGAAUAGCAUGUUUGCCAUUUUAAAUCAGAAUUUUCUCAAUCAUCAUGGAUACCAAUGACACCCAAAUCUCAAUCUCAAUUGUAAAACCCCUUCUUGAGUGCCAGACCCAUAUAUCAAAAUUUUUUUCCUGAGCAAGCAGUUUAAUUUGGACAUCUCUCAGGUUAUCUUUCAAAUUCAACAGGCCACAAACUGAAGUUUUCUUUCUUUUGCCAAACUUCUCAUAUUUUCUCCUUUAGACAAACCUUCCCUCAGUGGCUCAGAUCAGAAACCUGAAUGUUAUUUUUGCCAUUUUCCUCCCAUUCACCAUUCCUCUGAUCACUCAACAAGUUCUUUCAAUUAUGCCUCCUAAAUAUCUCAUACGUAUGUCCACUCCCCACUAUCGGGGGGACAUAGAUUGUUAAAACGUUCUGACCUAACCUCCUCAUGUUAUUCUUAGCCCUUUCCAGACCAUUCUUUAUGCUGCUACCAGAGAAACCUUUCUAAAAUUCAAAUAUGAUACAGUCUCUUCCUUGCUCAACAUUUUUCAAUAGCUCCUCAUUGUUCUAGGGAAAAAGAUUAACGGAUCUUAUCGCGACAUAUAAGACCCUUUGUGAUCUAGACCAGGCCUUUCUCUCCAGUCUCCUGUCAUUCCUAGAAGUGUCCGCCAAGAGUACACUCCAGUCACAGUGAAUUACUUAAAUGGUCUAUGACCUUUUUUACCCUCUGGUUUUGGCUCAUGCUCUUUCCCCUACCUGGAAUCAUCUAUGUCUGGACUGUAUUAACUCAUCCUUUGUUCUCCAAGGUCACCUUCUCUGAGAUGUCUUCAGGAGUCCUCAGGGUUGUUCCUCCUAGACAUUUUCAUAGGACCCACAGUUGCUGCUCUUUAAGUACUUAACACACUGCACUAUAAAAUCUUUAGGCAGGAGUUUAAAUAGCAUUCAGCAACGUAGGCUUUUGCACAUUCUCAGAUGGCACUAGAGCCAAGUCCUUGGACUUCUGUGCUCAGAACUAAUGUAUAUUUUAAUCUAAGAGAAAUACAAAGAAAAAACUUCAGGGGAAGUUUUUUUUUUUUUCAUGUAAGUUAAUGAUUGGGAUAAUUUAUUUAAUAAAAGUACUAUCAGAGGUUUCCUCUGGUGGUUUUUUGUUUUAAACAUUUUAGUAACAAUUUCUAUAUAUGCCACUAGUAUUUAAUGAUAUUGUCAUAACAAGUAUCAUAUGUCAACAUCAGAAAGCCAUGAUCCUAUAAAAAUUUUAUAUUGCACUUUCCACCUGAUCUCUUGCUGAAAAUUGCAUUUGUAUUCAAUCCCUUUUUGGUUUGCCAUCAUAGGCUAAUGCUGAUGACCUUCAAAAAAGAACACCUUAUGAAAUAUAUUCCUAUGUGUACUGGAAUUAUUGAUUGUAUUACACUGUACAGUAGUCUCACUGUGAGUGAUCUCAUGGAAGAAAUUUCCUUCUGGCCAAGAAAUUAAGCACAGUUGUUGUUUUCUUGAGCAAUAAAAAAUACGUUGUGCAACUGUGAAGCUUACAGAUAAUUAUGUUUCCCUCUUCUCAGUAACAGUUAGGAUUAUGUAGUACAAAUUUCUUGAACUAACUUUACUCCAUAGUCUGGCUUGUAUUUCUACCCAUUUUUACUCCAUUGCCUCAUCUUUCUUACUUUUUUGACAUUUCAUUGUCAUUUUGCUAUAUUGUUUGCCCCAUGAUAAGUGUCAUAUUUAGUUCCUUUUGGAGAAAGAGAGGUAUACAUAACUACACAAAUAAAAUAGUUGCCAUGUUGAAGUACUUGCACAAUAAAGAAUGGAUUUGAAUACUAUUUGUGUAAAUGUCAAAAAGAGGUGAAAUGUCAUAUAUGUUUCAGGGUAAAAUUCUAUCUUUUGCAAAUGAAGAUACUCUAAAAAUAGUAUCAUCCUGUAUUCUUCACUUCAAGGGUACAAAUGUCAGAGGAUUGUCUCAAACCCCCGGAAUGUCUUCAUGCCUGUGUGUUGAUCUGAUUGAUAGAUGUGUUCUUAUGCUUAAGCAAGGAUGAGCUGAAUUCAGGCAAUCAUCAUAAAUUUCUAGGACAUCUAAAACUUUACAGAUGGAGGCAUGUAUUUUUUUCCUCUUUCUGACUAAUCCAACAGUUCACCGAGCCUCCAUAAUUUCUUUGAUAAUCAAUGGAGUAAAUAAUUAGAUGUGAACACCUGUUCUUCCUCCAUAUAUUCUGUGGAGCAUAAAACAGCUGCAGGCCUCAGAAAGUCAUAAAUAAAACUCAUAACGAAAAACUUAGGCAAAUCUAGUGACCUGUUACAUUUCAGAUGUCUGAAUAGUGGAUUUGUGUCUCCCAGAGAAAACUGCAGACUUGAUAGUAUUGUUAGGACAUUGGCAGUAUUCCCUAAAUUAACACCAAGUUUUAAUUUUUUUCCUAUUUAUAGUACAUUGUUUUCUCCAAGGGUAAUCAAAAUGUGUUCACUUAUUACUUAAAAACUUUCAAAUUUCUGUACACAGAAAUUUUUUGAGUAUUUUAAAUAUAUUAAGCUGAUGAUUUAAAAGUGGUGGUGACACCCUUUGGACGAUAAUGGAUUAUUACAUGUGUAAACCAAUUUAAAUAAAGGAGCCUUGUAUAUAAUCACUGGUAAUCAGUAA